UGAGGUUUUUUUUGGGGUCCAGUGGAUUGUGGAGAGAACAUGAGAACGUGACGGACUCGGGUGUGGAGAACUUCAGCCCGUUUUACAGACACGGUGUGCACGAGCUUAUCUUCAAAAAUUACGGUUUGAUUUUUUUUAACACACCACAUCAAAGGAACUGAUUACUUGCAAAAUCGCAUUUCUGCAUGCGCUGCCUUCAGCUUCACACUCACUUUCACACCGAGCCGCCUCUUCUUCUUGUUCUUCUUCUUCUUCUUCUUCAUUAUUAUUAUUAUUAGCGUUGCUAGUGUGGGGUCCUCCCCCUCCCCUGCUGUCCCCUCCCCUCCAAUUUUUAUUAAAACCUUGUGGAUGGAAGCGCGUGCCUGAGUGCAUGCAUGCAUGCAUGCGUGCGUGCGCGCGCGCAUGCAUAGAAUAGAAUAGAAUAAUCCGGCACGUAUUCGCUCCCCAAUAAGAAAGUUUUUAGCGAACGCACUAAGAGCUCUUCAGUUUGUGCCAUAAAGGUUCCCAUGUAACAGAGGGCUUGCCUUCCAGGAAAAUAUUCAACUGGAACCUCUUCAGAUAUUCGAACCUUCUAAAGAACCCUGUUUUUAUGAAGCGCGCGCCCUGUUGGUCCGUAUAUUGGGUGUUACUCUGUUUAUUGGCCAAGUGUUGUAAAUCUGAUCGGGUAGAGCUAGGUUAUAAAUGCAGCAUGGUUUAUUUUAGGAAGUUCCACAUGGACAGUGAGUGAGUGAGUGUGUACACACACACAGUUAUUAACUUGCAUGUUGUGUGUUUGUAUUGCUAAUGUUAACCCUAAUCAUGAGUGAGUGGUGAAUGUAUUGGGUGAGACAGGGCACGCACUCUGACCCUAAGAAGUGUCUACAAACACUCUCUCCACAAACAGUGGUGUGGAGUGUAAAUAAAUCGGUGUGUGCAUAAAAUCUUGUUUUUUCACGUAAAAUACCGUGAAAACUUUUCACUCCAAUUCCCUAAAACAGACACUUCCUGUUUUUAAAAAGUUCCACAUUUCAGGCUUUAGGAGUGAGUGUGUGUGUGUGUGAGAGAGAGAGAUCAAGAUGUGACUGAGGACCAUGCAGAUAUAGUUUUUACACGCGUGCACACGCACUGCAAGAUGAGUGGCGGUAAAAAGCGCAGUGGUUUCCAGAUCACCAGUGUCACCCAGGAUGUGGGAGAAAGUCCCACCUCUAAAAUCCCUGUCACGCAGGAUGUUAAUAAUUCCCCACCACUUUGUGAUGGGCCUCAGAGAGACUCCGCCCACUCUAGAGACCAAACCACACCUCCAUCCGGGUUACUCAAUGGCCCUGCCUUUCUUCACACAGUGAGCCCCCUUCUGACGCAGCAGAGCUCCAGCCAACCAGCAACACCAGUUACCAUGCGCAAACAGCGCUCGCUGGAUCAGGCUGUCACUGGGGGCGGAGCCUCACGGUUCCGCGUGGUGCGACUGGGUCAGGGGUUGGGUGAGCCAUACAGACGUGGGCGCUGGACCUGCAUGGAUGUGAUUGAGCGAGAACCAGAACUACACGGGGUACGGCGUGUGAUGGACAGCAUGAGACACGCCCACUCCCUGGAAUCGUUAGAGACUGUGGGGCUGGGAGGACCUGAGGGAGAGGGAGGAGUCGUGCUGAAGUCUUUAAAAGAGUUAAGAGCAAGUCACAUGAUACACUCACAGGGCUCCGCCCACCUGAUGGCACACAGCGGCCCGCCGUCACCCACCCACACAGAACAUGAGACACGCCUCCUGUCACCCCCACUGCACACACCGAACACACCCCGCACCCGCAAAGUCCCCCCACCUCUGCACCUCAGCAUGGGCGGGGCAAACAAACUCCGUGCUACACGCUCCCAGCCAACCUCUCCCGGCCCCCCUGCAAGUCAAGAUGGUUCGUUCCACCCAUCGCUUACACCGAUUCAGACCCCCUCAGCACUCGCUCUGGCCCAGUCCAUGUUUGGAGUGGGAGGGGCUUUUGGGCUGGUCAGUGAUGAAAGCGGGUCCAGUAACAGCAUGAUUGCCAUAGACAACAAGAUUGAGCAAGCCAUGGACCUGGUGAAGGCCCACCUGAUGCUGGCGGUGAGGGAGGAGGUGGAGCUUCUGAGGGAGCAGAUAAAGGAGCUGGCAGAGAGAAAUGCUCAGCUAGAGAGAGAGAACUACAUUCUCCGAGCUCUCCGGGAGAACCAGUGACAUACCCACUUCCCAGUUCAUCGUGUGAGUCUUCAGCUUCAUGGGAAAUGUGGUCCUUUCUGCUCGGAGUCAGCUUUGAAAUCUGGUGGUCAGGAAGAUCAAAGGAUUGAUGAGAUGGCUGAACAAACAGAGUGAAAGACGAUCAAGCAGAUAAAUAGAUUUGAAAGAAUUUAACAACAGAUGGUAAAUAUAUAAAAGGACUUGGAUUGGGGAUGCAAAAGAAUUGUAGAAUCUCUCUCUCACACACACACACUGAUUUGAAAACAGAUUUAUGCUAAUCUGUUAAGUGUUAAGGUCAGUAACACUGAAUUCUGUAUGUUCGUGGGCUGGUGGUGUGUGUGUGUGUGUGUGUGUGUGUGUGUGUGUGGUGAACAGUCAGCUUUGUUCGAGCAAUAAUACUAUAAGUUGCUGUGGUAGUUACCGUGGUGGUAGGAGGAGGGUGUGUGUGUGUGUGUGAGAGAGAGAGAUGUAUGUGAUUAAUGGACGGGUACUGUACGAACAUGACUGUUAUGUCACUAAUAAAUAAUCUCACUGUUCAUUUAAUUAUAUUAAAUUUUCUUUUCACUCCAAAA